AUGGCGGACGCGGAGGAGAAGAAGAACGUGGACGAGACGACGACGACGACGAGCGCGUCGACGAAUGAGGUCGCGCCCGAGUCGGACGAGCCACAGGCGUACUUUGAGCCUGUGGUGAAGCUUGACGAGGUGGAGGUCACGACGGGCGAAGAGGAAGAGGAGGUUUUGUUCAAGCAGCGUACGAAGGUCUUUUGUUACCGCGAGACGCUGCUGGACAAGGGCACGGGCAAGAAAUCGUGGUGCGAGCGUGGCGUCGGUGACGUGCGCUUCCUCAAGCACAAGGAGCACCAAAAGGUGCGCAUGCUCAUGCGCCAGGAGAAGACGCACAAGAUCCUGAUCAACCACUUGAUCGAGUCGCGGACGGAGCUCACGCCCAACAUGGGCAGCGACCGCGCGUGGGUCUUUAGCUGCUACGACUUUGCGGACGGCGUGGUCGAGACGCAAGUCUUUGCGCUGCGCUUUGGCAGCGCCGAGAACGCCCAGAAGUUCAAAGAGGCCCACGAUGCUGCCAAGGCCAACAACAAGAAGCUCGAGGAAGGCGCGGAUGCCGCUGACACGUCGGCAGGCGACGAUGCCGCCAAGGCACUCGAGUCGCUGGAUGUCAAGAAGGAAGAGUAG